CGGUAGCUUCCACUUUUUUGCCACAUGGUGAUAACAAAGAUAUUUGCUUUGUCUAUUUGUCCACUGUUCUUGAUUUGUUCCAGCUAGCUGUUUUGCAGAUUUUUAAUUUCUUCAGGCCAACAAAGAGAAGGGGAAAGUGCGUGACAUUUUCUGAAGCCUCAUUAAUCAUAUUGUUUCACGAUGGAAGAUAACGAUGAUCUAGAUUUAUUAGCGUCCCUUUUGGAAGAAAAUGAGGAGGAAGACACUGUAGCCGAUGCAGGAUGUUCACAGGACGAACAGAGUGCGAAGAGAUCACUUGAGGAGGCUGAUGAGUGGGAUGAACUGUUUGACAAGGAGGAAGAGGAUGAUGUCCAGGCUACGGAACUCAGUGCUCUUUUUGGGGAUGUGGACGAUUUAGAAGAAGAAGAGGAGGGGGAGGAGAGGAGGAAUACGGAUGCAACAGAAAUAGAUGAACAUACAUCUCCCAUUCCUGAUCAGAAGAAAUCGGAAAAAUCAAGGCUAGAAUUAGAAGAGGAACUUGAACGGAUGAAGGAGCAGAUGGAAAAAUUACAGCGGCAGUUGACAAAGGUUGCAGAUGGACCAAAUUCUAUUGCCAGUUCUGGAAAAGACUCGCCUGACAACAAGCUGAAGGCACUGGGUCAAGGGACAUGUACUUCACAAAACAUAAAGAAAAGUAAUUCUUUUCAGCAAGAUCGAUGCAGGUCAUCCUCUAAUCUUAAACAUGAUCUAUUGAAAAGUAAGCUACAUAAAGCCCCAGAACCUACAAGAACACCAACAGAGAGAAGUCCUCAAACGCAACCUGCAAAUGAGCAGCCACGUCAGCUUCAGAAUAAACCCAAUCCAAUUCGUCAGAACCUUCCUACAACAAUAAGAGCUUCUGAAAGGCCAGGAACGUCACGAGCUACAAAUCCUGAUAUAUCUGUGGAUAAAUUCUCUGGCUUGAGGUUAAGAAAUCCAAUUGUUUCGUCAACAGAGAUGGAGAGAAAGAUGCACGGUCGAAAGCUGAUCCGGCUCUCGCAACUCCACUCAAAGCUUGCAAAUGAAAAGCUCGAGGACACAGACUGGGUGACAUUUGGGGUUAUCAUUAAGAAAAUCACACCACAGAGCUCUAAUAAUGGUAAAACAUUCAGUAUAUGGAACUUAAGUGAUCUGCGGAGCAACUUGAAUUUGUCCCUCUUCCUCUUUGGAAACGUCCACAAAGAGCAUUGGAAAACAGACUCGGGAACUGUCAUUGGACUUCUAAAUGCCAAUCCUAUGAAACCCAGGGAUGGAACAGAUGAGGUUUGUCUGUCAGUUGACCACCCUCAGAAAAUCCUGAUCAUGGGUGAAGCCUUGGAUAUGGGAACUUGCCGGGCUAGAAAGAAAAAUGGAGAUCCCUGUACCCAUAUAGUGAACUUGAUGGACUGUGAAUACUGUGAGUACCAUGUCAAAGCCCAGUACAAAAAGCUUAGUGCCAAGCGAGCUGAUUUGCAAUCUAGCUUCUCUGGUCGAGCUCCAAGCAGAAUGAAUGGCAAGCAUGGCAGUCUGAAAGAAAGACUGUGUCAGCAAGGAUUCCACUACGGAGGAAUUUCAUCAGCAUCAUACGCAGCCUCCGUUAAAGCUGCGGGUCCUAACAAAAGUGUUCAGCUGACCUUGACACAGAUGAUGGUGAAAGGAGCUGAUGACAUUGUUAGAGAAACUAAGAAAAAUAUAGCAUUGACAAAUGGGAAGGGUUUGACGGGGUGCUCAGAUGAAUUUAAGGAUUUAAUGCAAUUGCCUACUUUUGGAGCACGUAACCUCAAGAAACACCUGACGAAGGCACCCAUGAAAGGUGGAUCAGUUAACAAUGCACAACCGGGACCUGCUGUCCUAUCAAUAUCCGCCUCUGAGCUAUUAAAACAGCAGAAACAAAAAAUGUUGGAAACACGCAAGAGGAAAGCAGAAGAGCUACAGAAGAGCUUUUUGCAGAGUAAAAGUGUAUACAGCGGCUACACCUCACGAGCUGGAGGAUUGUCGAUUCAGACAUCACCCAAGGUUGGAGCAGUAUUUCCCAAGGAACAGAAAUUAGUCGCCACACCACAGACACCAAAACUGGGAGGAGGUCUUUCCCAAGGAGAGGAUAUUCUCUUUUUUGAUACAUCUCCACCAUCAGCCUCAAAACUGAACCAUAAUGCGGACACUAAGAAGAUGGUGGCCAUUAUGAAGCUCCAUAAAAAAGGUGCAGUCCUUGCAAAGGAGGACCCUAACAGUGUGAAGCGUAAAUUGCCACACUCGGGCGAGAAGUUGCUGGAACGUAUAAAGAAAAAUCUUUCUUCCCCAGAUGGAAAUGAUGAACCAAUUUCAAAGAAGCACCGUGCCCAGUUGGAGUACCUGGACUCGGAAGAGUUUCAGAAAAUACUAAAUGCAAAAUCAAGACACAUUGGCACAGUCCAAGAGGCAGAAAUAGAGUUUCAAGAGCAAUAUUUUGAACCGCUUGUGAAGAAAGAACAAAUGGAAGAAAAAAUGAAAAGCAUCCGUGAGAUGAAGUGUAGAGUUGUGAGCUGUAAAACGUGCAAAUAUACACAUUUCAAGCCACUGGAAACAUGUGUGAGUGAAAACCAUGACUAUCACUGGCAUGAUGCAGUCAAGCGUUUCUUUAAAUGCCCAUGUGGUAGCAGAGCAAUAGCAUUAACAAGAUUGCCAAAGAAGAACUGCAGCAACUGUGGCUUGUUUAAGUGGGAGAGAGAUGGAAUGCUGAAGGAGAGGAAAGGUCCAAAAAUAGGAGGAGAACUGCUGCUACCAAGAGGAGAAGAACAUGGCAAAUUUUUAAGUAGUUCAAAAUGAAUCCUGACUGCGGGAAGUGUGAUGUAAAACAUCACAUUUUUAUAUAGACUAUAUCUGAGGUCCGUAAAUGGCACUACAGGAGAACCAUGUUACCUUCUGGUGCUAAAAGAUUUCAACCCAGUGUCUUUUUUUAAACUACGAAUAAACAUCAUUUUCCUAAUUUCUUCACUUGGAUCAACAAUAUAUCUGGUGGGAGAUGUGUGGGUCACAGGCGUUAUAUUUUUAAUCCCACACAGGCAUUAACAAGCGAUGCACUGUAGCUGGAUCUUUUAAAAAGGUCUACCAAAAUAUAAAUGAACCUGUGGGUUCUCAUCCAAUUCAGUGAAACUAACCCAGUAAACCCACAAUGGGGAAUUACUUGGCAAAUAAGGGGAAAUGUGUUGGAGUUAAGAACAUACGAUUAACCUCAGAUUCAGGUUGUAACUGGUUUGCACAACAAAUCUUCCACUGGUUCUGUUUAGCUUCAGAGAGGUGGUUUGUUAUUUCUGAAUAAAUAUUUUUCCAGAAGUUCUUAUGUAUUUUUAAAAAUAUUUCUUGCCUUUUACCAAAUGUGCAGAAUUUGACCUUAAUUUAUCUGACAACUGCCAUUCUAAUCAUGGCACAUAAUUGUGGUUUUGUUACUGGAUUAGUAAUCCAGAGGUCUGGGCUAAUUCAAAUCCCACCUUGGGGAAUUUAAAUUCAGUUAAUUAAUGAACUCUGUGAUAAAAGGUAAGAGCGUAUGUGAAAUAUUGGCAAUGAAAUUACCCAAUUGUUGUUAAAGCUAUUUGGUUCACUAAUGACUUCAGGGAAUGAAAUCUGUCACCUUUGCCUGAUUUGUAUGUACAUCCAAACCCACGGAAACGUGCUUGACUUUUGACAUGGCAGACUACUCAGUUCAGGGGUGAUUAGGGGUGGGCAAUAAAUGCUAGGUCUCCCAGCAAUUUCCACUUUUAAUGAAAAAAGUUAUUAAACUAGCAGCUGAUCCAGAUUUGUUAAUGGUAGAACCAGUAAAUGAUGAACUUACCAUUAGUAAGGUUAAGAAGAAUAUCUUCUGAUUUAAAUCAUACUUACUAGAUGAGUACACAAGGUAAGAAUUUUGAGAAUGUUACACAUUAAAACAUGUUUUCUAUCAACGAGUAACCAUUGUGGGGCUAAGUGUUGAAGGGCAGUUUAGAGUUAUAGAAUAAUACAGCAUGGAAACAAGUCCUUUGUCCCAACUUGUCCAUGCCCAGCACGUUUGCCCCUUAUCCCUCUAAACCUUUCCUAUCCAUGUACUUAUUCAAAUGUCUUUUAAACGUUGUUAUUCUACUUGCCCCAACUACUUUCUCUGGCAGCUCGUUCCAUGCAUGCAGCUCAGGCACAGUAGUGUAAGUGGUUAGCGUAACGCUAUUACAGCGCCAACGACCCAGGUUCAAUUCCGGAGUUUGUAUGUUCUCCCCGUGUCUGCGUGGGUUUCCUCCGGGUGCUUCAGUUUCCUCCCACGUUCCAAAAACGUACGGGUUUGGAAGUUGUGGGCAUGCUAUGUUGGCGCCGGAAGCGUGGUGACACUCGUGGGCUGUCCCCAGAACACUCUCUAUGCAAAAGGUGCAUUUCACUGUGUG